AUGGCUCAACAUGGAGACAACUUUAUCCUGCGUGACAAUUCAGAGAUCAAUCCAAGUCCCCAAAACCUUGCCACAGCACUCGUUGUAAUCGGGCGGACCGCCCGCAAGUACAUGACUGAGCUGGACGCACAUACUAGCACUGACUUUGAGGUUGCAAUCUUUUCUAGUUUUAUCACUCGCGGGACUCCCAUUUCGCAAGGCCCAACUGUGCCAGAACAUCGUGCUAAUUUAGAGAACAGGCUUAAUACUUCAUUGGCAUACAGGCCAUACAGGCCAUACACCUCUUUCACUCCACGUGAACGACAUUCCAGCCACUCUCCGCACCGUGUGUCCAAGUCUACCCCUCAAUCCCACCCAUUAAAUAUCGCCUCCCUCCAAUCCACUACACUCACCGGCUCUUCAUGUGGCCCCACCAAGUCUUUGUCCCCGCCUCCUGCUACCAUUUCAUUCACGUCCCCUGGCCCUUCAUCCAUCCCAAUAGCAUCUCUAGAUAUCUCUGCUGCACUCGUUCAUCCAUCUUCUCCGACAACUGCCCAGAUAACCAUCACCGACGCUCAACAAAACAAUACUCCCAUGCGCAAUACUCCUAUAAACGGUGAGCCACCUUCCCAUGCCAAUCGUGAAAUUCCAAUGGAUCAAGAUGUGCCAGCAGCCACUCCACUCCCGCUCAUCAGCCCUAUAACCCAUUUGGAACCAGCGUCCGAUAUUCCUACAAGUUCUGGACGACACAGAGCACUGCCCUUGCCGCUCAUCACAGAAAAUUAUCUGGGACAGUUGGUAAAUCAGCAAGUUGCUCAACUGUCCGACAAGGUAGUUGUGCCUGCUCUCAGGAGCAUCCACUCUACCUGCUCUCACACCACUCCACCUGCUCUCACACGCGCCUGGAAACAUCGUGGGUCAUCUGAAGAUGACGAUGCUAGCCAGCCUGAUUGUGACGACAAUCUAACACCUUCUCCUCACAGGAAGCACCCGGGGAAGCGGGGCAUCAAGAAUCAAUUACAUCGCUCAUUUCGGAUAUAUCUACGGGAGAAACAUCUUCUACGAUCCAAGACUGGUCCCUUGCCACAAUCACCUCUGUCACAAAUGGUUCACGCUUUUACUCAUUACAAUGAAAGCUCACCAAGUUUGGGCAACAUCACCAUCGACUGGCAAGACUCUUUGAGAUCCUCUCUAUGGAAUACAGAGGUGAUCAACUUGAUGGUGGUGGACUUUCAAGAAAAAAUUCAGACAGGUAGUUAUCCAUCGGUAAUUUUCAAUGAAGAUACAAUGAACCUCGGCGACUUGCGCCUACUCUGCAUCGACAAACUUCGUCGAACUCAGCAAGCCUAUCGACAGCGCAGCAAGAUAGAAGAAUUUAGAGACAUUCAAGAGAGGGAGGAAGCUACUCGUGAACUGUCUUCUCAUAGCACUCGGAGGCAAUGUCUGGAUAGGCUUAACACUUGCAAGCAUGGGACGCUCGAAAGAUGUCAAAAAAUCGCCGAACAAAAUCACCACCGCAAUCCUCAAACCUGGGACACAAUCAAGCGCAUCAUUGACCGGUUGGAUGUUGAUGGCAUGAGCGGGGAUGAAACAGACACUGCUAUAGGUGCGAAACCAAAGAUCGUGAGGCGUGUGACUCUCCCGUGGAUCAGCCCAGCAAUCACUGAUCUACUUCAUGCAGUUGAGUCCUACGCACCUGCAACAUAUGAGGAAAAUAUGUCAGUUCCAGUUGGUAAUACCUCGCUCCCCCGCUCCAUGGAGGCGAAACGCACCUCUAACAAUUCUAUUGCAAUCGCAUGGCUCCCUCGUAAUUGGUAUAAUGACAUUUGGUACAAAGCCAAUUCAAGCGGUGCUUGGGCAUUUAUUGAUGCUCGCAAGGACUUCGAAUUACUGUGCUUGGAUGUUUAUCAUUCUGCCAAUGUCCAUCGAUGA